ACCACUCGGAGGCAACCAAAUGCCUCUCAGUCGUCUCAAACAGGUCUAAGAUCCAAAGUUAAAUACAGAUUGCCAUUUGCGAAGAAUUUGCCGCAGAGCUCAAAGAAUGUGGCAAGUUCUGCUCUUGCUCGCUGCCCUUGCAGGCCCUUUGACAGCUGAUGACACUCUCUAUAUCUCGCCCAUAUCUCUGAGUCGCUGGGAAAAUGAAACGGUGACGUUGAAUUGUUUCACCUCCAGGACUGUGGAUAAUUAUUACCUCAUCUGGGGAUCCGCCAAGCCGGGAGAUCUCAUGAUCUCGUGGAUUCUUUACUGGAUGCCGGGAUCGAGCGCUGCUCUUUACCCGUCCGUGGUAAGCGAUCGCUUCAUUGGCUCAAAGGACUGGACCAGCAAGAAGUUCUCACUGACAAUAAAAGGUCUCCGACAAGAAGAUUCAGCCAGAUAUUACUGUGGCAGCUCCAACACUUACUUCCCAUUCAGCACAGACUGGAGCGGAUGUGGAGUCACGCUCACUGUUAAAGCAGCUCCCUCAGCGUCUCCUCCGUUGGUUUAUUUCCAAAACCCACACCCUGAGGAUGUCUUUCUCCAGAAGAACAUCUCGCUGCUCUGUGCAGCAGAAAGCUUUUACCCGGACGACCUCUCAUUUUCCUGGCGUGUUGAUGGCGAGCAGGUCCACAGAGGGGUCUCGCAUUCUGCCUCACUUUUGGGAGACAACGGCACCUACACAGCAAUCAGUAAGCUGGUGAUCGAUACAUCCCAGUGGAUCAAAGGAUCUAUUAUCAGCUGCCAAGUAUCACAUGGGGCACUGCCUUCACCCAUCAUCAAGUACAUAAGUAACACUGAGCGGUACCCCAUGGAGCCAAAGCUGUAUCUCCUGUCACCGACUUUAGAAGAGCUCGUCACAAUGGAAAAAGCAACCCUGGUCUGCCUAGCAACUGGCUUCUACCCAGCGGAGAUCUCUUUCCAUUGGUUCAUCAAUGGCAAUCCGGUGGUUAACAGCAUCAAGACCUACCCACCAAUUCUCAAUAUCAAUGGCACCUACUCCUCCCAGAGUGAACUGACCACGUCUGAUCAAAUGUGGAACCGGGGUACAGAAUACACGUGUGAGAUUCAGCACAUGUCAGUCCCAGACAGUAUCAUUCAAACCAUCAAUAAAACCCGGGAAUUUAUUUUCCUCCAACCGACGAUAACCCCCAUCAAGGUUCAGUCACGUGACUCCCAUCGGCCACAAGCUGUGACUUUGGCGUGUUUUGUUUCGGGGUUCUAUCCCGCCGGGAUCUAUGUGAACUGGAGAACGGAGAGGGAUUUGCAAGUUCCGGGCAGUGUGACCAACUUCCCAGUGGUGAGGGACGUGAGUGGGACCUACAGUACAGUCAGUCAGAUGACCAUUGCCUUUGUGGAUGUGGACCCCGCUCAGACGUAUAUGUGUGAGGUCAGACACGAGUCUCUCACCAACCCUUUAAGGGAACGGUUUCAGAUAAGUUGACAUUCCUGCCAAGGACUGAUCCAAUCAUCGGAAAUCUUCAUAUGUCUACACCAACGAAACACUGGAGUGACAUUCCCAGUCGGACAUAGACGGAGCUAUUCCAUUCUUACCCACUCACGGUGAUUUGAAACUAUUAAUAAUAAAAAGAGUAUUUUCCCCUUUAACUGAAUGUUAAACAAAACAGACAAUUUUAGGUAAUGAAUAACUGAUCUCUAAGGAUUGUGAAUUCAUCUUAGAGAUGUUGCAAGCAUUAAAUAAAAAAAAAUGACCUUG